UCCUCAACGUUUGUUGUUUCUUUUACUGAAAAUGUAAUUCUUUUUACAACAAUUAAAUAUUAGGAGUGAUUAAACAUGGACGACUACGAUAUAAUAUCGUUGAUAGGCGAGGGAUCAUUCGGUCGUGUCUACAAAGCCACCCAAAAGUCAGACGACAGUAAUGUUGCAAUUAAAAUCAUCAAAAAGGGCUACCGUACGUCCCGAGAAUUGAAAAAUCUUCGGCGAGAAUGUGACAUCCAGGGAUACCUCAAGCAUCCAAACAUUGUGGAAAUGUUACGAUCCUUCGAAACGAAAACAGAAAUCGUUGUGGUCACUGAGUUCGCACAAACGGAUCUGCACAAAUAUUUGAGGCAGAACGGAGUCAUCACAGAGGAGCAGGCGCAAGUGCUGACCGGGCAUCUCGUUUCUGCUUUGUAUUAUUUGCAUUCCCAUCGAGUUUUGCAUCGAGAUUUGAAGCCGCAGAAUAUUCUGUUGGGAGACAACUUGCAUGCGAAACUCUGUGAUUUCGGGUUGGCAAGAAACAUGACGGCAGGGACGCAUGUUUUGACUUCUAUCAAAGGAACUCCGCUUUAUAUGGCACCUGAGCUUCUUGCUGAGAAACCGUACGAUCACUUGGCUGAUCUUUGGUCGUUAGGCUGCAUAAUCUAUGAGACUUUGACGGGGCAACCGCCAUUUCACACGAAUUCAUUCCUGCAGCUUGUCUGCUUGAUUAAGCACGAGGAUGUUAAGUGGCCAAGCUUUUUACGCGGAGAAAGCGUUUCAUUUAUGCAGGGAUUGCUUGAAAAAGAUCCUUCACUUCGCUUCACCUGGGCUCAAAUUCUUUGUCAUCCGUUCGUCGAGGGGCGACUCACCAUUUUAGACGAACAAACGGAGCCAUCGCCUUUCAUAGAUCCUCCCGAGAAACCAUCAAGAGGCGCAAAGCAGAAAACUUCCCGCAAUUUCGAUCCAAAUAAUAUCAGCGCGAAUUUAAGUCUGCUCACCCUCACUGACCACUCCGAGACUGCAGGCAAUUUGACUUCCUCCAAGGACAGCAUCAAGGCAAUGCUGCAGAGCGACAUAGAGAACAUCGACACAGACGUCGAUGAAGUGAAAAUCCCCUUCGCGGAGGCCGCACCAUUUAAGUUUGAACCCCGCAAACCUUCAACCGAUGAGGGUGCCUGUUUUGUUACAGGAAACUCAAAUUUGGUCGUGAAUCAUUUGAACGACAACUUUCAAAUAGAAACGGCUGAAGUUAAGCAAAAGGCGAGGCUGACAUUGAACUUGAAGAAGUCCACGCCGCAUACAGAAAAAUCAAGUCGAAGCAAAGACUUGGAGAAACGCAAACUCAGUCAAAAUUUGGAUAAUUUCUCACUGAAAUUGGGACAAAGUCUUGGCGACAGUGAAGCUGCCGUUAAAAAAAUUGGAGAGAACGUUUCUGAAAAGAAACAGAAGCAGCAAGCGAAGAUUGCAGCGGCAAUCGACGAAAAAUCUCCACCGUGCUUACUGCCUGGCUGGGACUCUUGUGAUGAAUCUCAAAGUCCACCCAUUGAGAAUGAUGAAUGGUUGGCAUUCCUUCAUCGAUCCAUGCAGGAAAUUCUUGACGGCGAAUUGGAUUCACUUAAACAACAGAAUUUAGUGAGCAUUAUUGUGGCGCCUUUGCGAAAUUCCAAGGCUAGUCCUAAAGUUUUAGAAAGUGUUGCUCAAUUACUCAGUCUUCCAUUGGUUUUGGGUAGCCCAACAAGCGUGUUGGAUUGCAUUCAGAGCGUUUAUAUUGAAGUAAAACUUGUGCCAAAUUUAAUCUACGCGUCGAAGUUGCUGGCAAGUAGCAAGGGUUCGUCUUCAGAUUCGACUUCUUCACAACUUUGCUCGUCUACUCACCGCUCGUACAAAUCAAUCAAUGAUCUCACCCCCGUGGAAAUCAAAACAAUUUCAAGUUUAUAUGAGCUAGUGUGCCACCUCGUGCACUUAAACCAGCGCUUCCUUUCGCAGCUCUGCGACGCCGUUGCAAUUUUGGCAGCAGAUGAGCUCCUGAUAUCCUUCCUGUCCCAUGACUUCACUAACUCCGAUGCGGUGCGAAUUGCAAACAACGUCAUCGCGCUCUUUUGUUGUGUGGUUCGUGAACUACCGGAAAAUGCCCACCUAGUUGAGCGUAUCGUCUUUAAUCAGAAAAUGAAUUUAGUUUUUCUCAUGAAAAAUAGAAAUCCAACAUUGAGAUUGCGGACUUGUAUGCUGAUGAGACUUUUGGGAAGGUUCAGUUGUCGCGGGUUGCAAAGCAUUUGGUCGACGAAUCUAAGGGAGACGAUGGAAAAUUUGAUUUAUGACUCGAAUGAAGAAGUUAAGAUGGAAGCUGAAAGUGCCUUGGAUGAGUUCAAGCAGUUUUCGUUUUAUACAUAAGUUAAAAGAAAUAUAUGUUUUAAAAAUAA